GCGUUCCAGUUGACAUCGGAAGUCGGAAUUUCCGAGUGUAAAGGUCAUAAUUUCAAUGGGAACGCCCCUUCAUUGAACCGCACUUCCAGAUCCGAGAUGGCUGUCGGGGUAUCAACAGUUAGUCAAAGCUGUACUUAUACUGUUUAUUAGCACUUCUGUGUACUUGUGACUCAUAAAUGUUCGUACACAAAGUGCUGUCCAACAGCUGUCUGUGGUCGUGUUGCUACAGUGUUUAGUGUGAGUAAAUACCGCAUAAUGCGUUUUCUUAAUCAAUAGCUAACCUGGCUAGCUGGAAACAAACAGCUCACAGGCCGAGCGAGGUUUUCCGACUUGAACGCCGUCAACUCAGGUGUGACGUCAUUCCCAGCUCCGACCUCCGAGGUAAAUGGAACGCAGCAGAAGAAGAAGCAGAAGCCGACAUGCGCAGUGCGGGCGGCUGUGAUGGUGUCAGUGUGAAAAAGUGAACUCACAGUAAAAACCGGUGGAAACACAGUUAAGUCUCUCGGGGAGUUUAAAUGGCGAACUCCGGCUGGUCAGAGAAGGUGCUGCAGCUCCUCCGCAGGAUGAACAACUUUUACCUGCCAGGUUCCUGCCGCGCGCACUGCCUCAGGUUUGAGGUGGACGGAGCUCAGGUGGGUUGGAUUCCUCCUCAUGUGGCCCCGCUGCUGACCCGGUACCCGGACGUAUUCAGCCCGCCGCGCGGUGGCGCUGUGGCGCUGUGUCCAGGUCUGGACACCUACGGGAGGAGGUCUGAGGCUGUGGACGCGGUCCUGCAGACCCUGAGACAAGAGGACUUCCUCACCUGCCUCAGAGGAUGGAGGGAUGAGCAGUACAGCGUGAUGCAGAAGUUCUCUGACCCGCCUGUGAUGUGGAUGGAGAGAGCAGCUACAAGUCUCUUCGGGGUGAAGCGGUACGGAGUCCAUCUCAACGGUUACACAGUUGGUGAAGGCGGGGAGGUCAGCAUGUGGCUGGCUCGGCGCUCCAACACUAAGCAGACGUACCCGGGACUGCUGGACAACGUGGUGAGUCCAGCGUCUACACACACAGUGAGGACAGGUGUGAGUUACCUUCCACAGGUCAAUGAGGCUGAUGUGUGUCUGCAGGCGGCCGGCGGUCUGGCUGCUGGUGUCGGCAUCAAACACACUCUGAUCAAAGAAUGUCAGGAGGAAGCAUGUAUCCCAGCAGCCAUUGCAGAGAGGGCUCAUCCUGUCACCACAGUAAGCUACACUUACGAGGACGAAGAGGGGGUGUUUGCAGAGAGUCAGUUUGUCUUUGAUUUGGAACUUCCUCUGGACUUCAAGCCCAAAGUUGGGGACGGGGAGGUGCAUGACUUCUACCUGCUGCCCAUAGAGGAGGUGAAAGACCUGAUCGCUACUGAAGACUUCAAACCCAACUGUGCCAUGGUGGUCCUGGACUUCCUCAUCAGACACUCGUUUAUUGAGCCAGACACAGAGCCGCGCUAUCAGGACUUUGUGGCCGCACUCCAUCAGACGUUAUAGAGUCGAGGUGAGGACAAGGCCGCCGAUCACCAUUGUGCGCUCAGAUUUUGCUUUGAGAGAAGUGAGCCUGGCACCUGGAGGCUGAACCAGAGCUGGGGGGGGGGGGCUUGAACAGUGUGGUCCUGUUAGAGAUAGACCUCAGACUGUUAAACUGUCCAGUGCUGUCAAGAAGCUGCUCAGAAGAAGCAGGGAGCUCCAGGUGUUCCCUCAACAGUUGCUUUGCAGAGGAAGCCGCCUCCUCUUCUGAUCCCAUCAGCUUCCUCCACAGCUUUUCAGGUGUCGAUCCUCUCCUCACCCGCCCAGGUUCUCCUGUUUGUGUAGUUGAUUUCAUUUUUCCUGAACUCCCUCAGCUCGUUCGGUAUGAAGUCCAGGUUUGAGGUGUCUGUUAGCAUGUUGUCAUCCACCGUGGUGCUGCUGGCAGGAGGAGCCCAGCUGACUUCUUUCUUUGUCCUUUAGACAAACCCCAAUCAAGAUGUAGCAAAUGUUUUUAGAUAUUCAAGUCGCAGUGGGCUUUAUUUUCCUGCUUUGCCUUCUACCAGUGUGCAAAACCAGAAAUCCCUGCCCUGGUUGUUGUUUUUAAAAUUUACUCAAAAAAAGUUAUUUAAAAGUCAUCUAUAAGAAAAGUCAUCUACAGAAAAUUAAACAGUUAGGAUAUUGAGCAUGUUGGUAGCAUUAAAACUAUCGCAGCUGAUGCAUAAAAGAAGUUCUUCAGGAAUAACUCACUAAAUAUGCAAAUGAAUAAUUAUUAACAUAAUUAAGUAUUAAUAGUGUUAAUCCUGCAGGUGACUCCAAUGAGAGACAUUCAGAAACCAGGAGGCUGAGUGCAGACACAACAUCUCUGCAGGUCAUUCACUUCUUCUAAUCUUAUUUUGAAAUGAUUAAAUUUUAUAUUUUGCCAACCUCCAUUUACUGUACGUGAAAUUAUUAAACCUGUUUCAAGGUAACUACUGAUUUAAAUAGUCCAUCUUUCAAACUUUACAUUCGGCAGCACAGUUGUUUCCUUUGGUUUAUUUGUACAGAGCACUUCACCUGUCAGCUCUGUGAUGAAGCGAGUCAUUUGAUUCUGGCUGCACCGUUCAAUAAAGUGAGAAUAUUUCACCUGA